GCCAUUGCCGCCCUGUUUGAGUCCUGUGUAGCUGCAGGGAGGGCAGUGGUGGAUUGUCUUGGGCGGUGGCGCCUUCUGCUACUCUGCAGGCCCUUUAGAAAGGACACCUGCUGACGCCCCAAAGCAGGAAAUGGAGCCAGUGACCUUUGAGGAUGUGGCUGUGAACUUCACUCUAGGAGAGUGGGCUUUGUUGGAUUCUUAUCAAAAGGAGCUCUACAGAGAUGUGAUGAAGGAAACCUUUAGCAACCUGAUCUCCAUAGGGAAAACAGAGGAAGAAAAUAUUGGAGAGGACUACCAAAGUAUUAGGAGAAAUCUGAGCAGUCAUGCGGUUAAAGGAUUCUAUGAAUCUGAAUGUGAUAUUCAGUAUGGAGAAACCCACCAGCAGAUUCGAGAGCCUGUUGGUCAUGAGGACAUGCCUCCUGGAAUAGCAGUCUGUGACAACAGCGUGUGUGCAAAUGAUGCCAUUGGUCUUUCACAAUCAGAUAUGCAUCGCAGCGAUCCAACUGUAGAGAAACCAUAUGAGUAUCAGGAACAUAUGGACAAGUCUUUUAAACAUAAGAAAUAUUGGAAAGAUUUUACAUAUUCCGAGUCCUCUCUUACCCUUGAGAAUCCUUCCAGAGAGAAACCCUUUGAAAAUAAACUAUCUCAUGAGCACUGGAGGAGUCUUGCUUCUGCUCAGGAUUCUCAAGCAAUGCGUAGUGGAGAUAAUGUCCUUGAAUAUAAGCAGUUUGAAGCCACUCUUAUGGCGUGUAGUUAUGUUCAGUCUUAUGAAAAACUCCAAACUGGAGAAAAGACAUUUGUGUGUAAGCAGUGUGGCGAAGCCUUCAUUAAUUCUAGUCACCUUAUCAAACAUCAUAAAAGUCACACUAGAGAGAAGACUUUUGCAUGUAAGUACUGUAGAAAAGCUUUCAUCCAUCCCAGGGCCUGUUACAAUCAUGAACGAACUCACACUGGAGACAGACCUUAUGUGUGUAAACAGUGUGGGAAAGCAUGUAUUCAUUCUUACCAUCUUCUCCAACAUGAAAGGAGUCACACCCGGGAAAAACUUUAUGCAUGUAAGCAGUGUGGGAAAGUGUUUGGACGUUCUUCAUACCUCCGUAAACAUGAAAGAAUUCACACUGGAGAGAAGCCUUAUUUAUGUAAGCAUUGUGGAAAAGCCUUCAGUGAUCCCACAACCCGUAACAAUCACGAAAGAACUCACACUGGAGAGAAACACUACGUUUGCAAGCAGUGUGGGAAAGCCUUCAUUCGUUCCUCUCAGCUUCUGAUCCAUGAAAGAAUUCACACCGGAGAGAAACCUUACUCGUGUAAACAUUGUGGAAAAGCUUUCACCUAUUCCAGUGCCUGUUACAUUCAUGAAAGGAUUCACACUGGAGAGAAACCCUAUGUUUGUAAGCAGUGUGGGAAAGCAUUUACGUGUUCCACAUACCUUCACAAACAUGAAAGAAUUCACACUGGAGAGAAACCUUAUUCAUGUAAGCAGUGUGGGAAAGCCUUCAUCCAGCAUAGAGCUUGUUACAAUCACGAAAGGAUUCACACCGGAGAGAAACCAUAUGUAUGUGUGCAGUGUGGGCAUGCAUUCACUUUUUCAAAAUCCCUUCAAAUCCAUGAAAGAAACCACAGUGGAGAGAAGCCAUAUGUGUGUGAACAAUGCGGGAAAGCCUUCACAUGUUCGACAUAUCUUCACCAACAUGAAAGAAUUCACAAUGAGAAGAAAUCCAGUGGAUAGACUUUAUACCAACGUAAAUCAUGUGAGCGUCUUCGUAGCCAGCUUGCAAGGAAUAAAGGAAGUAUGGAGAGAAAGCGAGAGGAUAUGAGAUCAGUAGCUGUAUAAUAUUUUCUUACAUAGCAAGCGUACAUAGGAUACAAUCUGUUGUUGUACCAGACGUGUUGAUACAUGCCUUUUAUUCCAACAGUAGGGCAGUGGAGGUUUAGAGGAUUGCAACAUUGAGUAAAGUUUCUUUCAGAUAAGAGUCAUUAAAUUUUCUCCUGGAAUUGAACAUUGUAUAAGCAACAAACGUCAAGGGCUGGAAGCAAUUUUUUGUAGAAUAUUUCUGAAAACCUGAAAUACACUAAAAAAUUAAAUAUUGUAAUAUUUGUUCCUUUCUUUUGUUUUUUUUUUUUGGUUUUUUCGAGACAGGGUUUCUCUGUGGUUUUUGGAGCCUGUCCUAGAACUAGCUCUUGUAGACCAGGCUGGUCUCUAUUUGUUCCUUUCUUAUGUACAUACAAGACCUCUUGACUUAAUUUUAAAAAAGCUUUUAAAGUAUGGUUUGGCAAGUAAAAUAACUUUGGCAUUAUUCUACCUGCCUGUUUUUCUCGUGGUUGCAAAGCUGGGGCACAACAGGAACUUUAACCCACAGUUGAAAGCCACCGGGAUGCUGCAAGGAAUAACAGUAACCUCUAUAAAGGAAUAACACUAACACCUGAAUAAAGAAACUAUUUGAGUUUUGGUGAUAAAAUCUGUUUGGCAAAUCAAUUGAAUUUCAGUUUAAUAACAGUUUUUAAAUCAAGUAAUAAUACAGUUUCCUUUGGUAGAGAGCUGUUUUGGAUUUGUUAAAUUCAGAUGGCAUUUGUAACCAUCCGAGUAUGCUUGAUUUUUAGGUAUAUUUUGAGUCGUCAUGUUUCAUGUGAAGUUGGAAAAAUAUAUUUGUCCAUUGUUAGUAUUUUCUGGCUGUCAUUUUCUGGUGUGUACUUUUUAAAGCUAUUAUUGUUUGCCAGUUUCUUAAGUUUAGGUGUGUACUUAGAUUUUUUUUCUCAGAGUAACAUUUUUACAUAGAUUUUAUAUUUUGUAAUUUUAGUGUAUAUUUUCUUUUAAAGUUUUUGAUGUUUUAUUAUUUAUUUAUUUGUGUGUGUUUGUGUGUGUGCCAUAGUAGAGAUGUGGAGCUCAGUGGACGAUAUUCAAGAUUUUAUUCCCUGACAGGCUUGCUCAGCAAGCAGUUUUAGUCAUUGGGUCUCAUCACCAGCUCCAAUUGCCAUUUUUGAACUGUUCUUUCUUUUGUUUAUUGAGACAUUAUCUCUCUACUUAGGUCUGUCUCUCCAGGAACUCACUAUGGAGACCAGGCUGACCUCAAACUCAGACAGAUGUGCCACACUGUGCUUAAAACUGUGUAUCUUUAAAAGUUAAAACCUAUUGCCAUGUUCAUCAGUUUGAAACUGGUUUUUAAGAUGUAAAAUUUCUUUUAUGCUUAUAUUGUUCAACUUUUAUUAUAAGUGUUCGCUCAUUGAAACAAAAAGUAUAUUAGGCUGAUGUGUUUCUCUGAACAACAACAAAAAAUGAACAAGACCAUACCGUGUAUCUCAAUAAAAUGUAAUGGGUUUUAGUGAAUUUUUUCAAUUGUGAUUAAUGAUAGUGUUAGUCCUCAUUAGGUACAAUUUCUAACCUGCUUGAUAAUUGUUUUAAAUGACUUGAAUACACUUUAAUGUAGUUUGCAGUUCCUAUUUAUUAAAAGUACUCUGUGGUUGAAUAUAGUUCUGUCUUUUGUGUUGUAAUAAUGGUCUCACCUGGAGGUUGCGAUACAGUGAGAGGAAGUAGUGAUUUAUGAGUACAAGUUAAUCUCACUUUUAAAGGGUGUCAAUUUUGUUCGUUUUUGUGAUUCAGAUUAUUUUUUGAAUGUUCAGGUAGAUGUCCAGGAUGUUACUGUUUUUCCUUGUUUCUGUUUCAUCCUAGUUACU